ACCAACCGUGACCUUUUGGAGCUUGUCAAAACGCCAAACUUCUCUUAUCGCUAGUUUACUUUCUUCUUCUUCUCCUUCUGCGGCUGCUUCCAGUUCGAACCGAAGUUCAAAGCUUCACUAACAAUGGGCAACGCCAUUGGAGCCAAGAGGAACAAGACGGCCAAGGUGAUGAAGAUAUCCGGCGAGACCACCAAGUUGAGGACGCCGGUGCUCGCGGGGGACGUCCUCAGGGACUACCCGGGGUACGUCUUGUUGGAAUCCGAGGCCGUCAAGCACUUCGGCGUCCGGGCGAAGCCGCUCGAGGCACGCCAAGAUUUGGAGCCCAAGAGGCUGUAUUUCCUAGUGGAGUUGCCUGAGAGCUCUCAAGAGAAGAUCCCGAGGAGGGUGAGGUCGGGCAUAAGCGUGAGCGCCAGGGACCGGCUCGAGAGCCUAAUGCUUGCGCGGAGGUCGGUCUCGGACCUAUCCAUCGUGAACCCGACAAGCAUCGCGGCGACGGGGAACACCAAGGUCGGCGGCGGCGGUUGCAAGAGGCUGAGGAUGAGGCUUCCGAAGGGAGAGGUGGAGAGGUUGAUGAAGGAGAGCAGAGGUGAAACUGAGGCAGCCGAGAAGAUCAUGAACCUCUACAUUGCGAGCGAUUGUAACGUCGGCGGUGGAUUGGGAAGCAAAUCGAGAGGCGACGAGAACGGGUUGUUUGACCAACGUGGACCGUGGAAAGUUGCGAGCCAUGGAAGAGCUGGUGAAAGUAUCAAAACUCGCGAGAAACGGGUGAGCUUCCUACCAGUUGAUGGAGGAGAUAAGCAGAUUGUUGUGGCUUCUUGAUUUUUUAUUAGAGAGACAAUUAGCAGCGCUCAAGCCACAUUGACUUAUGUCCUUUUCGUUUUAGGUGGUCAGGUUUAUUUGGAACAUGCUGUCAAGACAUUAGUGCUCCACUCUCCAAAAAACAAAUAAUAAAGUACGAAUAAGUUGUAAUUACUUUCACUAUGUAUUGUCUAUAUAUUCGAGACAAAAGUGAGGUUUGUCUCAUUUUUU